GUGGAACAUUAGUCCAACACACGCACGCAGCCAACGACCAAAGCAAACAUAUUUACAAACCGACCAAUACCGAAUCGUGAAUACCUUCUUUGCUUCGUGUUGUGUGUUUUGCUGUCUCACCUCAACAACCUCAACUAACCAAGACCAGAGAGUUCAACCCAAAACCAAAAGAAGAAAGAUGGGAGUGACACCGAAAAUAGCUCCUUCGAUGCUAUCAUCAGAUUUUGCUAAUUUGGCUUCCGAAGCUCAUCGUAUGAUCAAUUACGGCGCUGAUUGGCUUCACAUGGAUAUCAUGGAUGGGCAUUUUGUCCCUAAUUUAACUAUGGGCGCUCCAAUCAUUGAAAGUUUGAGAAAGCACACAGAGGCAUAUCUGGACUGUCACCUGAUGGUUACAAAUCCACUUGAUUAUGUUGAACCUUUGGGAAAAGCUGGUGCUUCUGGUUUUACAUUUCAUAUAGAGACAUCAAAAGACAACUGGAAAGAACUUAUCCAAAAUAUUAAGUCACACGGCAUGAGGCCUGGUGUAUCGAUAAAGCCUGGAACAUCCGUCGAAGAGGUUUAUCCCCUGGUUGAAGCUGAAAAUCCUGUGGAAAUGGUUCUUGUCAUGACUGUAGAACCAGGAUUUGGAGGACAAAAAUUUAUGCCAGAGAUGAUGGACAAGGUCCGGAUACUAAGGAAGAAGUACCCAUCACUUGACAUAGAGGUUGAUGGGGGUUUAGGGCCUUCAACCAUAGAUGUGGCUGCAUCAGCGGGAGCGAAUUGCAUUGUUGCUGGAAGUUCAGUGUUUGGAGCCCCUGAGCCAGCUCACGUAAUAUCCUUACUGAGGAGUUCCGUUGAGAAAUCACUGUAAACAUAGAAAGAUCCAUUAUUUAUGUUGUUGUACACGUUGCAACUCGAAAUUUCAUGUAAUCGAUACGGUUGAUGUGGUAACAUUUUCAAGACAAAUAAGAGAGAGAUCAAAUGAUUUAAUAAUGCCACUUUACUUGUCUUUGUAUUUAUUGUGCAAUUAACAGAAACUGUAAAGAGGCAUAAAAGGGUUGACACAUUCAGCUGUAACCUAAACCCUUUGUUGAAUAUUGAAGUUUAAAUUUUAAUGUUGAUCUACUAUCAGUACUGUUACCUUA